AUGCGACCUGGCGUCAGCCUCGAUAGCAAUGCAGCCGAACCACUCCGCCCUCGCAAGUCGUCCAACGCCGAUGCAUCCUCCCUAACCAGCGAGCGCGAUCGAUGUACCAAUACUGCCGCCACUACCUUCUUCUUAUCCCGAGAUCCUGAUGGCGGCGCGGGGCCUCAACAGGCUGAACGGGCAUCUACGACGAUGUUAUACAACUCACCCUUGAGUAGCCUGCAAGAUACAGUGCAAGAAGCCGACCGUGCUGCGAAGCACGUAGCACCUCGCUCAGCGAGAAGCGGAAGUCGACGGCGGUCAACAAUCAGGCCAGGCACCGCAGGGCGCUUCAUUAGAAGAGGGUCGUCCGAUGCCAGCGCGGACGCAGAGACCUGUACCAGUCAACCACCUCAGUCCACGCUAUCAGAUAAGGAACGGACACGGGCCAUUACACCUUCUCCGUUGCCCUCGCGAGAGACAUCCCUCCCAAGCAGUCCGAAAUCGCCCGCUUCACGGCAGUCACUGUCGAAGUCUAGCUCAGCCUCCGAUAACGAGCUGUUGACCAGCGCCGACGAGACGGACAGCCAAGCAGUACUGUCGAGUGGUGAAGAGGACGAGAACGAGUACCGGCCGACUCGAAGUCCUACUUCACAACGACUACGGUUGCCGUUCGGAGAAGGCAUUCAUGAUAGUCACCCUGAACUCAUCAUGCCCAGCAUCAAGAUGCCGUCUCGAAGGCCUUUCACACAGCGAGGGAAGAGGUUGGGGAGGUUCAAGAUUAUGGUUGCUGGUCGGAAAGGCAUCGGCAAGACAUCGCUUAUCAAGUCCAUCGUUCAACUCUGCGAAGACAUUGUCCACGUCGAUCCUAUCGUCUCCGCACCAGGCUCGUCUCACCCCUCCACAAGAGGCCGAGAUCAAAUCAAUGAAGUUUAUGCCUCGACGAAACCCUACCCCGAGUGGUGGUCUACCAUGGAGGAAUCCCGCAUUCUCCGGAGGCGGAAGUCCAUGGGAGAUUCCGUACUGGAAAGAAACAUCUGCUUCGUUGACACUUCGGACACGGCUAGACUAGAGCGGGUUAUCCAGUAUGCCGAGAUGCAGCUGGUCAAUGCUAUGAGCUCGGUGGAUCAGCUCGGCAGCGAGUUCUCAGGUUUGCUCAGCGGAAGAGGUGCAAGCCAGGUUGAUGUGAUUCUGUAUUUGAUCUCAAAAGAUAACCUGCAAGACGACGCACAACGAAUCCGCCAACUAUCGGACCUUUGCAACGUUAUUCCGCUCAUUGCCAAAUCCGACCUACUCAGUCCUCAAGAGCAAGAUCAACUGAAACAAUCCCUCGAUCCGAGCCUAUCUAGUUUACCUCGCCUGCCCAGCUCUGUAACUUUCUCAGAAGCUGUAACGGCGACCGUUGCAGAACCUAACAGAAUUCUUGCGGCAGCAACAGCACCCUACACGGUGACUUCUACCAACGGGCCCGACCUCGAUACGAUGGACGCUUCCCUCCUCAUGUCGCCAGAAUAUAUUCAACCUCUACUGCCGUCGGAGCUCAGCCUUCUGAUAGACCAGAUCUUCGAGCCCGACACAAUCGCAUAUCUGCGCCACAACGCCGCUCGCAAGCUUGUUAGCUGGCACGUCUCUCACCCAAAACUGGUCUCAGCACCACGGUCACCGUCCAUCGCAUCCUCACCACCUCAAUCAUAUAAUCCAUCCGUGCGCAACUCCAUUCUAACGUCGCCGUUGCAGACACCACUCAGCCCGUCGCAGUCAGGCGUUCUGAUCCCAGGAGGGUCGGAAUUUUCUUUGAAUACGUCCAACUCCUGGGCACUAGCCAAGGUCGCAGACCACACGCAUCGCGAAGAACGGCUUGCCCAAAUCAGGCUCUCGAAGUGGGCCAGCGAGUUGCAGUUGAGCCUACAGCGCGAACGCGAGAGAUAUGAGCGACUUGCCCGUGGGGAGCGAGCUGUCUGGCUGGUCGAGAAGAUGGGCGAGGAAGUCCGUGAUGGCAAGAUUAUGCCCGUAGACAAUAAUCAAGCGCUAGUGCGCAAGAACGGCAAGGGCAGCAUUACAUAUGGCGACAGCGAAGCAGUCCCGAGCUACCAGAUGCAUGACCCCCUUGGCCUGCUCAGGUGGCAGGAUUCCAUGCGCGCAAGGGGCUGGAUCGCGUUGCAGAUUGUGGGAAGCUUUGGGGUAAUGGGUGGACUUGCGUUUUGGCUGGCAAAGAAUCUCGGCAUGACGGGAAGUAUUCAUGACUGGUGGACGCAGGUUUGGGAUUCUCUCGGCUGGCAUGAAGGAUGA